AUGACGACACAUGAAUAUCGACAGACCGACUCGGCAAGUUAUGACCCUACCCCCGAAUAUGAGGAAAUCUUCAAAUUGAGUAUCUUAGCACGGGAGCUAGCGGGCGAAGUGGACUUGGUACCUGGAGACACCAAAGGGGGCCUAGCCGCUGAGGUCAGGGACCAAGUGCACAUUGCUUUCCGAGCUCUCAUCACCGAAUCGUCCUUAUUUCCGGAGACAUUGAGUCAUAGAUUCGUGGACCUCAUUUUUGCUUCGUUACGUCUCUUCAAUGAUCUAUGGCACGCAGUCGAGAGCACACGAAACGCAGAGCUCGCCGACGAAGCGCGAAAACUGUGGCCGCACAUCGUUCGUUGGUCCGCAGCGGUCCAUCCAGCGCGCAGCGACGCUCUCACUCGAUAUCCCCAUCGCGACACAACCCGGCAGGCGGGCGAUAUCGCGCAAGCCUACCUGACUAUCCUCAUCUCGCCUGUGGAAACUAUAGAGUCCAUUAAAGCCUUCCUGUACGCGCACCCCGACGUCAUCACCCAAGCGUUCGAACUCUGGCGCUAUCUCCCCAAGAUACAUGCGCUGCACAUCACACCCGACCCGCCCGCUGUGGUGCCCGAGGCGCUCUAUACGCCGAUACUGCUGGUGCACAGAAUCUACGAGGUGCUCGCGCUUAGCGCAAAGGGCAGCCGCGUCGCGGACCGUGCGCUCUUGUGUGCGGGCAUCCGCCGCGCUAUGACCACGCGCGCUUUCUACCGCAACAUCGCGCCCUGGACAGACAGCCUCCGCCAACUAAAGCUCGAUGUGGCCUUCGUACCCCAGAUCUGGAAAAUCCAUCUCACGCUGCUGGUUGGCCUCACCUCGUUCCCCGAGCUCGCCCCCGCAAGCGUGCCCCGCGACGCCUUCCGCUCCGUCAUCUCCGUCGGCACGAAGUGCUUCGAGCAGGACAGGCUCAUGGACGAGUGCGGCUUCUGGGUCGUCCGCCUCGUCGACAGCCUCUGCUGCGCGACGCGCGACAACCGGCCAUUCGUGCACGCCAUCGGGCACGGCUACCUCGGGCUGCUCAAGGCCCUCGAGGAGGCGACGGGGACCCAGUUCGACCACGCCGACAUCGUCCGCCGGCUCAGCGCCGUGGCGGUCCACGCGCGCGUCGUGCGCGUCGUGCGCCGCGCCUACCCCGAACUCCCGCCGCCAGGCGACAUCGCGGCGCGCGGGGUGACGUGGCGCAAGGUGGCGCAGACGUUCAGCAACUACAUCGACCUCUACGCCGUCGAGCACCGCGCGAGGGAUUGGCGGCGCGUUCUGGAAUGUGCGAAUGCGAUGGGCCCGCACGACCAGCUCGUGCGGUUCUGCCCGUGCGGCAACGAGGUGUACUGCUCUGGAAGCUGCCAGCGCAUGCAGUGGGAACACGGGCACCGCGCAGACUGCUGCGCGGACGAGGGCCCUUGGGGCUUGCACGGCGCGCUCUCGCUGAACGACAUCGCCUUCCUGAUCGAGAUCGUCCGCGCGGACAUACGCCUUGUGAAGAACAAGCCCGCCGUGCGCGCGGCCUUCGAGGACUUUGAGCGCGAGCGGCGCGCAGGCGGACGCAGAUUUAGGAAGCAGGUCCACGUGACGGCUGACUUCAGCGACGUCCUCGCCGCGCGGUACGAGACGCGGACGCGGCCGGUGGACUCUGCGGCAGACAUUCACCGCGUUCCCGUCGAGGUCGUCCUCCGGCUUGGUUGGACGACGCAGAGGCACUUUCUGCCUUUCACCCUCGCUUUGAGGCAUUUCCUGACGUAG